GUGUGUGCUUUAGCUACUAGUUAAGCUAACUGGCCACUGUUGGAACGGACCUCAGUCUUCUCUCUGGUAUUGCAUCCUACAGGAGAAUAUCCGUAAAAAAAUAACCACUAUUUCUCUUAUUAGCUGAACCUAUCGUAGCGUCAAGAGUAUAAAUAAUGAGUACACCUCAAAACACCGGAUUGUCUUUUGGUACCCCAAAAUCUACAGCAGGAAUUACUGGUUUGACUUUUGGCACUCCAACUACCAUGGUUACUGGUAUAGGCUUUGGUCUUGGUGGUAGUGUAACAACAACAUCCAUAUCUACAGUUUCGAGCCUGCCAAAUUUUACAAAUCUGACGAGCAGUGCGGCACCCAUGUCUGUACCAUCAGGACUCUCUUUUGACGCUGCAAAAACAUCCACAACUGCAGCUCCAGGAUUUUCUCUUGCAACGACUACAACAGGAGGUCUCAGUUUUGGAACAUCAAAACCUACAGAUACUUUUCUUGGCCCAACUGGUCUGACUUUUGGCACUCCAAAUGCUAUGUCUACUGGAACUGGAUUCGGUCUUAGUAAUACAAUUGCAACAACAUCUACAGCAGCAAAUGUUCCAAGUUUUAGUCUUCCUAGCAGUACAGUUCCAUCUAUGACACCAGGACUUUCGUUUGAUGCCUCAAAGACAGGCUAUAAUACUACUACAACUGCAACUACAGGAUUUCCUCUUGCAACGACAACUGCAGGAUUUAAUUUUGGAGUUGGAACAUCGACAACGAGUUCUACAUUUUUGAAUAAAACAACUUCGGCUCCUAUUUCAACGAGUCUGACAGCACCCUCUACUCAUACUUCUUUGGGUACUACCACUACGGUUAGUUCUGUAACUGGUAUUCAAUCAGGAGCAAUUAAUUUCUGUCAGCUUGAAGAAUCGAUUAAUAAGUGGACCUUAGAUUUAGAAGAGCAAGAAAAAGUAUUUGUAAAUCAAGCAACGCAGAUUAAUGCUUGGGAUAAAUUGUUGAUAACAAAUGGGGAAAAGAUAGUGACAUUGAAUCAAGAGGUUGAAAGAGUGAAAAUUGAACAGCAACAAUUGGAACAUGAACUGGAUUAUGUGGUUGGACAACAGAAAGAAUUACAAGAAUGUUUGAUACCAUUAGAAAAAGAAUUAGCAUCUCUUUCUGUUUCUGAUUCCGAUCGAGAAUAUACUUAUCGUUUAUCAGAGAAUCUCGAUACUCAAUUAAAACGUAUGUCAGAGGAUUUAAAGGAAAUAAUAGAACACUUAAAUGAAGCAAACCGCGCUCAGGAUUCUAGCGAUCCUAUUGUCCAAAUUGGAAAAAUUUUGAAUGCACAUAUGAAUAGUUUACAAUGGCUCGAUCAGCAGACAGCUUUGCUGACCCAAAAAAUACAACAUAUUGAUCAAAUGCAUCAGAGUUUUAGACAAGAAAGUGAACAGAAUUUACAUUUAGCAUACAAUUAGUUAACUUAUUUUACAUUUCAACUUAUAAAAAUUAUUUUUUAAAUUUAGUAUAUCAUGUUAUCUCAUUUUUUGGAGAGUGUGGAAACAUAUAUGAUUUAAUUGUAUU